AUGGGCCAAACGUUGACCAAGUUCGAGUACAUGUGGGUUGCCAUAUUCACUAUGGAGGCGUUGCUGAAAAUCGUGUCAAUGGGCUUCAUCUUGGCGCCGGGAUCUUAUCUGCGAGACGGUUGGAAUUGGAUUGAUUUCUUCGUGGUCGCGCUGGGCUACGUUGACAUCUUCACGUCUGGCAACAUGACGGCAGUUCGCACUGUGCGGGUCCUUCGACCGCUACGCGCCAUCACCCGAGUCCGGGGCAUGAAGGUGCUUGUGACCACUAUGAUUGAGUCCAUGCCGAUGCUUAUUGACGUGGUGCUCUUGUGCGCCAUCACGUUCUUCAUGUGGGGCAUAGUGGCGGUGCAGCUCUUUGCGGGUACCCUCGAGAACAGGCCGGCCAGCUCGCCGUUGAUAAUGUGUCGUACGUUGUGUCGGACGACAACACAGGCGAUGUAUGCAGCGGGCCACUCGCUUCAGCUCUCAUCCAACCCUCUACUCCAAUUUCCCCUUUUUCCCCUUAUCAACCGGCUCAAAGAUACCUUCUGGUACAAGCUUCCCAGCGGCGACGUAACUGCCCAGACCGGCCCACGGGGUGGCGGCUUUGCCUGCCCUGAGGGCAUGUACUGCACAGCGUACGACAAUCCAAACUACGGUAUGACGAGCUUUGACAACAUCCUGUGGGCCUGGCUUACCAUAUUCCAGUGCAUCACCUUGGAGUCUUGGACGGAUGUCAUGUACUACGCAUCUGAUGCGGUAUCGUGGUGGGUAUGGCCGCUCUUCGUGGCGCUGAUCGUGUUUGGGGCUUUCUAUUUGGUUAGUCUGGCGUUGGCGGUCAUCUUCCUGCAGUUCGCCACGGAUAACCACGAAACACACGACCAACAGGAGCAGCGGCGGACGAGCUCCGAUAGUUUGUUGUUGGAUGUUGAAGUGGAGGCUUUGGGUGCCGUACGGCGGAUAUCAUACCAUGUGGCGACCAGCCGUACACUCGCAGUUACCACCAUCGUCCUCAUCUUGAUGAACACCGCUGUCAUGUGUAUCAACUGGUACGGCAUGCCGUACAAGGUGGAGCAGGCCACCAAUUACGUCAAUUACUGCUUUACAUGCUACUUUGCGGUGGAGUUGGUGGUUAGGCUGAUGGGCUUUGGCUUCAAAAGGUAUUUUAAAGACGGCAUGAACGUGUUUGACUUCGUAGUGAUGGUCGUAUCCGUGACGGAGCUGGUCCUGGAUUUGGCGCCCGGCGUGGGGGGCGUGGGGCCGCUGUCUGUGCUUCGCAUGCUGCGCCUGUUGCGCAUUUUCCGAUUGAUGCGGGCUUGGCGCGAGCUGUACGUUAUUCUCCAUGCCAUCAUGCGCAGCAUCAUGUCUACCUUCUACCUGAUGAUGCUGAUGCUGCUAUUCAUGUUUAUUUUUGCCCUUAUGGGCAUGCAGCUCUUUGGAUACAGGUUCAUGUUUUGUGACUACGUGUCCGGCUCCCGCCCCGUGUGUCCGCCGGGUCAGCGAGUGUGGGGCCAGUGCCCCAACCACUUCCACUGCUACCUGCCCUGUGCGGAAGACCAGCUGGGAGCCUGGGUGCCCAGGGCCAACUUUGACAACGUGUUUUGGGCCAUGUACACGGUGUUUCAAUUGCUGACGGGAGAGAACUGGAACAAUAUCAUGUACGACAGCAUGCGCACGACAUCGCCUUGGGCGGCGGUGUACUACGUUGUUGUCAUAUUGGUUGGCACAUACUUGGUGUUUAACCUCUUCAUCGCCAUCCUGCUGGACAACUUCACAGGCGUCCUCGAAACCGACGGUGCUUCGAAUAGCAGCAAUGCCAAUUUGAGCCGGGACAACAGCACCCGUACCGCCCUGGCCGCAUCCGCUGCUGGUGGUCCUGGAGGAGAUGGCACCCGUGAACUAAAUGACCUCGGCCCUUGGACAGGAAAGCAGCUACAGGGACAGCAGCAGGACUUGGACCUUGAUUCGGAUUCUGACCUAAACGGCGCAGAGCCCAGCGGCUGGGCAGCGGCAGAAGUGCUUCAGGCGGCGACAGGGGGCGGAGGCCCAACGGCGGAUGGGAAUCUUGCCACUGGCCUAGGCGGGUGUGGCGGCAGUGCCGCGGCUACUCGCAUACCAGAUCCAUCAGGCCCUGCGUGCGAUCAGCAGCCGCCGCCGCAGCCACAGCCGCCGCCUCUACUGCCGCCGCUGAGGAUCAGCUUGAGCAGCGCCGGGGCUAGGGGCAGUAUGGCGGCGGCGGCAGCAGCCGCAGCAGCGGCGGCCGCCAUUAGCUCCCCGCCAUCGGGUGUGGAACAUGAGGAGGUUCACUCGUGGAGGGGUUCGGUGGUGUCGACAAUCGGGAGCUCCGCACUAGGCCAUUUGCCAGGCGUGGCUUCAGGCGAAAUGAUGGACAUCGCUCAGUACUCUCUGCAGUCACCGAAUAGAUGGAGCAUUGGCGGUGCGACGGUUUAUGCCGUCACCGCUACAACUGCCACCGUCGCAAGUCCUCGCGCCGUAGCUGCUUCUGUCACGGCGCGGGACCCGUGCGAUGCAGCUGGCGCCUCAACCCUUGGCGUUCGUUUCAUGAACGAUACUGCAUGGCUCGUGCACAACAGCCAUUUUGAGGCAACCAUCCUGGCAUUCAUCGUGGCGUCUUCUGUUGCUCUGGCAUUAGAUACCCCCUCCUUGAAACCGGAAACCCAACUGGCGCUCACGCUGCGCGUCCUGGAUUACAUCUUCACUGGCACAUUCACACUGGAAGCCGUGCUCAAGAUUGUGACGUUUGGCUUUGCGUUCACCGGCAGGCACGCCUAUAUCCGCAACGGCUGGAAUGUGUUGGAUUUGGUGAUUGUGUUGGUGGGCUGGGCGUUGAUUGUGGUGGAGGCGCUGGGGAUGGACGACGGCAACCUGCAGAUGCUGCGCGUGCUGCGCACACUGCGUGCUCUGCGGCCGCUGCGGGCCGCUAGCCGCUUUCCUGGGCUGCGCAUUGUGGUCAAUGCCCUCUUCGCCGUACUGCCCGCGAUGGCCAACGUGGCGCUGGUGUGCGUGUUUUUCUACCUCAUCUUCGCCAUCCUGGCGGUCAACCUGUUCAAGGGCAAGCUGUACAACUGCGUGGAUGCGGCCAGUGGAGAGCGGAUUGAUCCGUACUACGUACUGCCGUACGGUCAGCAGCUGACGCGCGCGUGGUGUGAAGCUGGCAACCAGACCAUCUCCCAAUCGGCCUAUUACAGCGCACUCAACGUAUCGAUGCCCGCAUACAACAUCAGCACUCUGUGGGUCAACCCCAAGGCCAACUUCGACAAUGUGGGCGUGGCCAUGUUGACGUUGUUCCAAGUGUCAACUUUGGAGUUGUGGGUGGACAUUGCCUUCAAUGCGGUUGAUGCCGUCGGCUUGGGUCGGCAGCCUCUUCGGAACCACUCCCCCUUGGUGCUGCUGUUCUUCGUAGUCUUCAUCUCCGUCUGCUCCUUCUUCAUUUUGAACCUCUUCGUUGGUGUGACGCUCGAAAAGGUGGCCGAGCUGCAGCGCGAGCAGACUGCCCCCAGCGUCUUCAUGACGCCGCAGCAGCAGGCAUGGGUGGACGUGCAGAAGCUGCUGCUGCGCACUGCCAUACAGCCUCGGCCCCCACGGCCCGAAGAGCCUCCUUGGCGGCGGGCGCUGUUCGAUGCUGUCAGCAGCUCCACCUUUGGCAAUGCAAUCCUGAUCACCAUUUUGGCCAAUGUAAUUUUCAUGGCGAUGGUGCAUGCAGACAUGUCGGAUGGCUGGCAUGCCGUUAUGUCGUACAGCAACCUCGUGUUCACGUGCAUUUUUGUGGUGGAGGCGGUUCUCAAGGUGGCGGCGUUCGGCCCCCGGCCGUACUUCCGCGACGGCUGGAACUGCUUCGACUGCUUCGUGGCGGCGGUGUCGGCAGUGUCCGUGGCGCUGGACUUCAGCGGGACACGUGACCUGAGCUUCAUGCCAGUGAUGCGGGUGCUGAGAGUGGUCAGGGUCGUCCGACUCAUCCGGAGGGAGGCAACUGGCGUCCAGCGGUUGCUCAUGACCUUGGUGUACUCGCUGCCUGCUCUGGCAAAUGUUGGUGGCAUCAUGUUGCUGUUUUUCAGCGUUUACGCCAUUAUCGGCAUGAACCUUUUUGGCGAUAUCAUGUACGGCGACUUCCUCAACCGUCAUGCCAACUUUAGUAACUUCCCCCAUGCCAUGUUGGUGUUGAUGAGGCUCAUAACCGGUGAGAGCUGGGACGGCAUCAUGCUAGACUGCAUGGUUUCGCGCGAGUGUGUCCGUGUCACCGUCACCACGACCCUCAACGCCACGGCCAACAAUACAACCGGCGGUGUUGGCGGUAACACUCCCUCCCCUGCCAACUCCACCACUGCUGCCUCUACCACCACCAUCUUGGUCACGGCCGGCACGUACCUGGAUCCCUCCGAUCCGCUACUGGCCGCCCUGCCCUCCGACCACGUUCACAAUCAGUGUGCCCUCAGCCCGGCAGUUGCAGUCCUCUACUUUCCCACCUUUGUGGUCCUCUGCGGCUCCAUCUUGCUCAACCUAAUCAUCGCGAUCAUCCUAGAAAACAUGUUGGCGCAGGAGGCGGACGAGGCGCUACCCGUCUCCCGGACCAUGCUUGGCCGUUUUGUUGACGCCUGGGGCUUGGCGGAUCCUAACGCGACUGGGUCGAUCCACGCGGCCAAGCUGCCUCUAGUAAUUGGGGAGCUUGAACCGCCCCUGGGCACCAAGGGGCUGCCCUCCCGGACGGCCAUUCAGGCGAUUAUCAUGGCUGUGGAUAUUCCCGUGCACCAGAACAAUCAGGUGACAUUCUUGGAAACCCUGCACGCGCUGGCUGGGCGGCUGGCUGGAUGCGAGCUGCCCGAGAUUGAAGAGGAAUGGCUUAUCAACCAAUACAUGAAGCGCCUUCCGGGCAGCGGUCACGCCCACUUCCCCAAAUACACCGCCGCACACUUCCACGCCGCUCUGCACCGAAAGAAGCGGAGAGGCGGCCAUCGGCCAAAGAAGCGGAGAGGCGGCCGUCGGCCAAAGAAGCGGAGAGGCGGGCCUCAGCCAAAGGAGCGGAGGGGCGGCCGUCGGAUAUUGAAACAGCUGGGCGGCGGCAAGUGCCAUGAAAAAUUCCUGGGCGUCCCGGUUGUGGCAGUACCGGGGAGGCACAGAGCUGACACUGGCAAUACAAAUGGUGAACUGAUGCUUGAUGUUGGGAAAUUAAACGUCUUUGAGAAGAAAAGUUGA